AUGGUAACAGCACUUGCUGUGGAAGUGCAUAUGCAAACACCAGUGCAGUCAGUUCUCAAGCAGCCUGCACAAUUUACCAAACCUUUUACUUAUGGUUAUGAAUUUGGUGAUGGAUUGGGAAUGUCCCAGUAUCGACAUGAAUCUUCUGAUGAAAAUGGAUUUGUUACUGGCAGUUAUGGCUACCGGGAUCCAUAUGGCGUGUACAGGAGAGUUCAAUACAAUGCUGGUGUCGAUGGAUUUCGUGCCAAUAUUUUGAGCAAUGAGCCAGGACUUGCAAGUCAUGUACCUGCUGAUGCGCCUUAUUCCGCUCUACCACCUCCACCAGCAGCCGUAGUUCAAAGUUUCAGAAGAAUACCUGUAUUUACUGCAAUUCGAAAAUGAACAUAGUGUAUGAAUCUACUGGAUUUUCGAAAUAUUGUGUGU